GUGGCCGAGGCGAGGUGGGCUUAACGCGGAUGCUGAAAGGAUCUUACAAUAAGGAGUUCCUGAAAAACAUCUGAGAGAGGGAGAGAGAGAGAGAGAGAGAGAGCGGCACUGGAAAAGUAGGAAGGCAAGGGACCACAUAACCAAAGAGAUGAUGAUCCCACACCAACAAGACUGUCUGAAAACCUCCAGCUUUAGCAAACGUACCUGAAGAGCAAAAAGCAAACCUAAGUAUCGCCAAAGCAACUCCAUACCAAAGCAAGUCCAGAGUGGAAGACACAAGACGUUCUCAAGAUGAAGCUUGAGACAGCACCAGAUAUGACUGAGUGGCGAGAAGACGACUUUGCCCUCAACUGCACCUACAUUGUCCCGGACCAGGCAUCAGACCCCAGCUUUAGUGUGCCAAAGUCCAUGACUUCCAUACCCCGCAACCUUACCUUUAACUACAACACAGAGAAUGAGGUGACAGGCGUGUUUAGCAAAGAGUACAUUCCCCAGGGGACUCGCUUUGGUCCACUGCAAGGUGACAUCUACACCAAAGACAAUGUCCCCAAACAAACUAACAGGAAAUACUUCUGGAGGAUCUAUAACGGUGGGCAGCUACACCACUUCAUUGACGGCUACGACGUACAGCGCAGCAACUGGAUGCGCUAUGUCAACCCUGCGCGCACCUUGUCGGAACAGAACCUGGUCGCGUGUCAGAACGGUCGCGACGUCUACUUCUACACAAUCCGGCCAGUGGAACCAAAGCAGGAGAUGCUGGUGUGGUACAGUCACGAGUUCGCCCAGAGGUUGUGUGGCCAGCUGGGGAACGAGCUAAAACAAAAACACGUAAGCAGGAAUGUCCAAGAGAGCCAGUUUGCCAAACAGCACCUACCUCAUACCUGGCUUCCGGAAAAAAAGGAAGACAUGAAGGAGGAGAGGGAGGAUGACGGAGAGGAGAGAAUCGACGUGGAGGUGCUGGAGAGAGACACUCCACCCGACACACCAGAUGACCAAAUCAUGGACUUUAGCCAGAGGAUGGAGAAAGCGGAGGUGACUGUUAACCACCGGGGACCUACCCCCUCUUCACAGACCCAAACGCGAGAGGCUGAGCUUGUGCCUCAGCCUUACAGCUUCCCUGAAGGCCAUGCUGAUGUCCCCUCCCCACAACGACACCUCCCCCUCCACCUCCACGGACUUUACGGACACAAAGAGGGCCUAGUGUCCUCCUACCCCAUCUACCACCCCUCCAGACCUCUUCAAACCCCCUACCAGCUUCUUCCUCCAUACAGCAACUCCCACUACUCCCACCUUCUCCCCCGGUACUGUCCUCCCUUCCCUGGCAUCCUCCCGUCCAGAAGCCCUCUGCAUUACGGUAGCUACCUAGGAAGCGAUGGACUUCCAUACCCCACCUUGACCUACCAGCCUGGUCAUCUCCCAGUGUGUCAGCCCUACCCAGGAACUACUCAAGGAGGGCUAAAGGAGCGGACCCCAAAUAUGUCACCUCCAAGCGGAGCCCCAGCAACCCCAGAGCUCUCGCCGCUGCCAAAGCUGGAUCAGGACACGCCCCUGCAGUCCCUGUCAGGCUGUGAGGAAGCCAUGAAUCUCAGCCUGGCCACACCAAAGCGUGGCCCUUCGCCAGCCGCUACCCCAGGGUACAGAUCCCUGCCCUAUCCCCUGAAGAAACAGAACGGCAAGAUCAAGUACGAGUGCAACGUCUGCUUGAAGACCUUCGGACAGCUGUCCAACCUCAAGGUGCAUCUGAGAGUACACAGCGGAGAGAGGCCGUUCCGUUGUCACCUCUGUGAGAAGAGCUUCACCCAGCUGGCUCACCUGCAGAAGCACCACUUGGUCCACACUGGAGAAAAACCACAUGAGUGCACGGUGUGUCACAAGCGCUUCAGUAGCACCAGCAACCUCAAGACCCACCUGCGGCUCCACUCGGGAGAGAAGCCCUACCAGUGCAAGCUGUGCAGCACCAAGUUCACCCAGUACAUCCACCUGAAGCUGCAUCGACGCCUGCACAGCGCCCGCGAUCGCCCCUACCGCUGCCCGCUCUGCGCCAGCGCCUUCCUCCACCGCUUCUCGCUGCGCAUCCACCAGCGCAGCUGCUGUCCUGCCUCCGCGCCGGCCCAUGCCAACCCUCACGCCCAUGGCCACAUUCGCGAGCUGGUCGAGCGCUUUGACACCAGUCCGGAGGCCGACUCGCUUCCCGAAAGCGCCGGGUCGUCUCAGGUGGAAGAUGCGGUGGAGCGCUGGGUGGCCCGGAGCUUGGAAGGGCAAGAGGGCAAGGAGGACCAGAGUGAAGCCACACUACUGCUGAAGGCCCUCACGGCAGCCAUCAACGCACCAGUCCCUCCCACCACGUCAUCUCACAGUCCGUCAUCCACCUACCAAGAGAGAGCUAGCGUAGUACACCUCCACAACCGGCCGACGGUGAAAGCUGAAGGUCAGUAGGGCAGAGUGGGAGGAGUCUUGUAGAGAACUCUGGGAGGUGGGGGGGGGGGGGUGGCUGAGACAUUUAGAGCGUCGGCUCCUGCAAGGUGCAUUUGAUGGUGCAGAGGCAGGGAAUUGCAGAGGGAAUUCAUUGCCAAAAAAGAAGCGUCUGUCUCCUCAUGGGGAAGAGAGACUGUGAAAAGCCAAUGAGCGAGAAGCACCAAAACAAAGACCAUUCCAAAGACAUGGCCAGUGUGUUCAGUGAUUGCACUUCCACCCUAAGGGUGUUUCUCUAUUUAGCUGUGAAGUACUCACAAAUGUUUUUGCUCAGGUUCAAAGGAGUAGCUCACGGAUGUGUGAGAGUAGACCAUUUUUUGUAUCAGCUCUAUUUGUUCAGUUUUAAGUGAUUAAUUCCGUUGUUAGCGUAAUGUUCUUCGAGUAUUGACACUUCCAAGGUGGCCUGUUCCUUGGAAUUCUUCAGGACAUUUGUCAGGAAUUGUUGCUUGCUCUAACUCGUCCAUAAGAGACAGUAGUUACUUACUGUACUGUAUUUUGUAUUUUCAAGAGUGUUUGUGUAUGAAAGUGUGUGUUUUAAUGACUUGUUCUAAGAAAGGACCUUUCUAAGAAAUGAGACAAUUUCUUUAGAAUGACCCCAUUUCACAGACAGUCAGUAGCUUCAGUCAGAACUUUUUCUUUAUAUAUGUACUAAUUUAUUUUUGCUAAAAAUGAAAGGUCAGGGAUCUUAGAAGUAUGUGUAUAUAUAUGAAUUUGCCAAAAAAACAACAAGAAUCAAAGAUUUUGGAAUGAAUGGGUUUAAAUUAUGUAGCAUUACUUCUGAAAAUGAUUUGGUGUAUAUAUGUAAUAGAAAAGAAGAAGAAAGCAAACCAAAAGUAGUACUCAGAAUAUAAAAUAGUUUCUCAGGACUUCCUGUGAGUCAUAUAGCUAUGUUUUGGAGGUAGCCUACAUACAGUACUUCUGCACAGAAACCAGCAAUGAAAAGAAAAACGUUACGUCAAGUUAUUAGAAUUUGUAAAACAUACUAAACUGUUGUUUUUAUAUUCUCUGCAUUGUUUUCCUGUUUAAAUAUAUAAUGAGAUGGUAUUGUUAACUACUCUUUCUCUUUGAUUCAAGCUUUAUGCGAUUUCUCCUACAAAGACAACAUUUGGUGGAUUUGAUUAAGAAAAUUAAGAAAAUUAACCAUAUGUGUACUAGAGCCAAAUGUUGUCUGUUCUGCACUUGUCCAUCUUGUUAGUUCUUAAGACUGCUGUAUAUGCUCAGGUGAAUGCCUUUAGGCUCAUGUUAUUUUACCAAACUGUUGACAAAAUACCUCAUAUGAGUGCAAGAGGCUCACCUAUGGAAAUUAAUAGAUGUUUUCAUUUUGUAAAUGUUUUCUUUAGCUAGCACUGGAAAAAGCCGGAACUAGAUCCAUGUGCUCUGCUGAUUCUGUUUCUGAAAAACCAAAAUGGUAGCACUGUCCUAACAUUGUGUAACUGAUGAGUCGUAAAUACUGUUAUUUCUCUAUAUACAUUUGUAGUUUUUGUACAGUAUAAUUUUGGUCUGUGUAGUUUACUUUUUGACCAAGAUUAUGAUAUGUGAAUACUUUAUUUGUCAGAGACUAUUUUGAUGAUCCUUUUAUAAUAAAUGUAGCACAUUAAACAUAUUAUAUCUGACAAUGUAAUGUGUUUUAGGUUUUCCUCAAUAAAUGCAAUAUGUUUCAAUUUCA